AUGGGAGACGCUGAAGCAGGCAAGAAGAUAUUUAUUCAAAAAUGUUCUCGGUGCCACACAGUGGAAAAAGGUGGAAAACACAAGUCUGGUCCAAAUCUCUGGGGCCUUUUUGGCCGAAAAACAGGACAACCACCAGGAUUUUCUUAUUCUGAUGCAAACAAAAACAAAGGUGUUAUCUGGGGAGAGGAAACUCUGAUGGAAUAUUUGGAGAACCCAAAGAAAUAUAUCCCUGGAACUAAAAUGGUCUUUGCUGGUCUUAAAAAGAAGAGUGAGAGAGAAGAUCUUAUUCAGUAUUUGAAACGGGCAACAUCUUCAUGAAAUGCUCUUGCAACUUCAAAAAUAUUAGU